AUGGCCUCCCACCCGCCUUCGCGAGCUGCCACCAUCGCUGACCGAAGAGCAUCUGCCUCCGUGCGACAGCCGAAGAGCCGGCCCACGGCCUCCAACGUCGCUUCACCCACUACCGAAGAUGGACGAACCGACUCGAGAUCGACGCACCAUCAUAGCGUAAAGACGCAAUCGACCGAGACGACGACACGAGACACCUUGACGCGCGACACUCUGAUCAGGCGAACACUGAGUCCCACCAAGACGCAGUUCGAUGGCAGCAAUGGCAGGAAAAGCUUCGAUAUCGAGAGGCCGUCUUCCAAGGACAAGUCUGUAAGGCGAGAGCCGGAGGAGGCAGCGGCACAGCCAUGGAGUCCUCACGCAACACUACUAGCACCUUCCUCUGCUCCACUGGCCUCCCGAAUAUCUGCUGCCCCGGUCGCAGCGAAAGCGCCCGCGAGCAUACAGCCACAACCCUUGGGAAGCCUCUCUCUUGACGCGCAGGAGAGAGCAAUCAUCGAAGAUCUGCUAUUCGUGCUUAUGGGCUGUGAGGCACAGUACAUUCGCUAUGCCAACGCCUAUGAUCCUCUCGACGAGAAGAGUCAGCUGGCAGGACCUACUUUCAACGUCCAGCCGGGUCUGGAUCCGAGCUUACGCGACCUUGCUCAUAGUAUCGUCAAGACGGCCAAGCAUUACUGUGCAGUUGAGGCAUUUGUUGAGGUGCAGAGCAGAGAAGAGAUGGGCAUGGUAAAUCACGCUUUAUGCGCAGCCAUGAGGAAGAUGCUCAAGGACUAUAUGAUCUUGGUCGCUCAGCUAGAACAUCAGAUGCUGACCAACGAGCGCUUCACUCUGCAUCAACUCAGUCUGCAUACAAGACCAACGGCCCACAUGAUGCUUCAGCUGUACAGUGUCGCUCACGAGAUCUUAAAGGAGAACAGCAUGCUGGACAACGAGGACGAUAUUGACCAGACGGAUGACUUUGAGAACAUUCUGGAGUCACUGAAAGAGGGCAAGGACACUGGCAUUCCGGGAAAGAAAGUCUGCAAAGGCGGCUCUGUCCUGAAACUGCUUGCGAAGCGAUCUGCAGCUAUGGCAGGAGAUCCAGCAGCUCGGCAACUACUCAAUCUUCUCCUUCGAGAAGCGAGUCGACCAUACAUGGCCAUGCUCAACGAAUGGCUGCAUCACGGCAACGUUCGUGAUCCUCACCAGGAGUUCCUGAUUAAGGAACAAAAGUCGAUUCGGCGAGAAGGCCUCGAACAGGACUACACUGAUGAAUACUGGGAGAAGCGAUACACAAUACGACAGGAACUGGUACCGCCACAAUUGGAGUCGUUGAAAGACAAGGCACUACUUGCGGGCAAGUACUUGAACGUGGUACGCGAAUGUGGCGGCAUCGAGAACUUGAGCAGAGACUUGACCUCCAGCGCUGAGUUUCCACAUACAUUCGACGAUCCACGCUUUAUCGAGAAUGUCAGCGGUGCAUACGCAUUCGCGAACAGGAGUCUGAUGACACUUCUUCUCACGACCCAUGAGCUACCUUCAAGGUUACGAAGCUUGAAGCAUUACUUCUUCCUGGACCGCAGCGACUUCUUCUCGUACUUCCUUGAGCUUACUAACUCUGAGCUUCGGAAGACCGCGAAGAACGUCAAUGUGGGAAAGCUGCAGAGUUUACUUGAUAUCGUGCUGCGUCAACCUGGAUCUGUGGCCGCAGAGGACCCAUUCAAGGAAGACAUCAAGGUCGUUAUGAACGACGUUGGUCUUACGGGUUGGCUGAUGCGUGUCGUCAACGUACAGGGUAUGGACGCCGAUGCCACCUCACUUUCAUCGUACAACCCGGCAGCAACGAGUGUCGAGAAGGACGGCAAGGAGAUAUCCGGCUACGAAGCGCUCACGCUGGAUUAUGCCGUGCCGUUUCCGCUGUCGCUGGUCGUCAGCCGAGUGACACUUACUCGAUAUCAGCUGCUAUUUCGAUACCUGCUAAGCUUGAGGCAUCUGGAAACACUUUUGACGAAUUCAUGGACGGAACACACCAAAGUCAGAGCUUGGCACCACAAGACUAAAGGUGAUCCUGCGGUGGCGAAGAGGAUUGAGAACUGGAAACGACGAGCUUGGUGUUUGAGGAGCAGAAUGUUGUGCUUCGUGCAACAGCUCCUCUACUUCUGCACCAGCGAAGUGAUCGAGCCAAACUGGCUGGCCUUCAUGUCUCGACUUUCUCACGCCGGUGAGGAGGACAAGAGUGACACCGAACCCAGGAUCAAGAGAACUGUGGACGAGCUCAUGCAGGAUCAUGUCGACUUCCUCGCCACAUGCUUGAAAGAGUGCAUGCUAACAAACUCGAAAUUGCUACGAAUCAACUCCAAAGUCAUGUCAACCUGCACCCUCUUCGCCAACUACACCGCAUCCCUCUCCCGCUACCUUGCCUCUGCAGACCCUGAUCUGGCAUCGCCCUCCUCAGCUUCACAGACAGCCUACGACCCUGCAAAGCUGGACAAACUCUUUUCGAUUCUGCAACAGUAUGAGGACCACUUCAGUCGGCAUCUGAAGAUAUUGUUGGAUGCUCUCAACUACCUCGCGGCGACGGAGACAGUCGUCUUCCUGGGUCUCUGCGCGAGAUUAAGUAUGGCGAAUGAAGGUGGUCCUGGAGGUGGUCCGGGUCCGGGCGCAUAUGGAUAA